AUGGGUUCGCUGAUUUCGGGGUUCAUCGCCGAGGCGGUCCUGCAGCUGAUAGAGUCGCUGGUCUACCAACACCACAAACCGAAGUUCUGGACCCGGUAUGUGGAUGAUACCUUCGUCGUUAUCGAGCGAGAUCACCUGCUGACAAUCGAGGAACGUCUGAAUGCGAUCUUCCCGGACAUACAAUUUACGAUAGAGGAGGAAGAGAACAACCAGCUGACCUUCCUGGAUGUUCUCGUACGCCGCAAAGAUUGUGGUGGACUAAAGACCAAUGCGUUCGGGAAAGCGAAAAAUAAGAUGCAAGUACUGAACUUCAACAUCAACCACGCAAUCCGCCACAAACGCAGAUGUGUAAGGACGCUCUAUCGGCGUGUCGAAACGCACUGCAGUGAGCCGGAAGACAAAAUUGCCUAA